AUGACACAGAGAACGUUGAUAAUUGACUUUCUAAAGAUUAAUGAACAUACCACUGAAAUCAUUGUAUUGUUCCUGUGUUGGCCAAAUGCAAGAGGAUCUGACAACGCGGAAUCUCAAGAUGAAACAAUUUUCGAUCAGCUUGCAACAGCUUCUGAAAAUAUUCGGACAUUUGUUAAAACAGUCCCACCACUGAUCGAUACUUCGAUCAAUUAUGAAAACUCAAACGGUUUUAUACCGAUGACACCACCCACUAUUACACAAAGUUAUCAACAACAAAUUGAAUUUGUCACUGCUACUACAUUGAAUCCGAGAAACGUGUACAACGAUCAAGAAAAUUCAUCAACACCAGCAGAAUUUAUAAUCAAUGUUAGUAGCAAUAUUCAGAAAGACAAGGAAAAUCUUGAAAAUGAUUUAGUUCAUUCGCCGGAAGCAAGAAUCUUUCUAGAUUUACCUCAUUCAGGUACGAAUCGUAGAUCAUUUGAAUUUCAAGACGAUCAAAAUACCUUUGAAUUAUUAAAAGUUCACAAUGAUACUCCAGCAAUAGCUAAUUACAAUGAUUUUUACGAAUACAUAGAUGAUUUAAGUGAAUCCGAUGACACCGAGACUGACAAUUCGUCGAGUAACGAAAGUAAAAGGGAUCGAAGAAAGAGAAUUAAUAGUUAUGCGACGAGUUAUAGUACCAUGAAUGAACAAAGUGCUAAGACUGAAGAAAACGUUUAUGAUCGCUAUCAUUCUUACGGUGCUACGAAGGAUGAGAAACGAACGAUUCAAAAACCAGAGAAAGUAACGAGUAAUUACCAUCAGCGGAAUACCGUGAACUAUAACGGUCAUGGGCAGAGUACUACGACCAGGCAAAAAACAAUUGAGACAUCGACCUCAUCAAGGACGAACUACGAGGACGAUGAUUCUAGUAGAAAGAGUGGAAAUUAUUAUGAUAGUUCAUCAUCUAAAAAUCGGCAUAAAUUCAUGAAACCUGUAGUGGUUGCUGAUCCCAACCAUUAUAAGAUUGAAUUAAAUUUUGAUAGACAAUCAUCGAGUAAUUCUCAGACUCCUGUUAAAACUGAUAAUCAUUUUAAAGAUUCCGAUGCGAUUGUUGGUGAAUCAUCGAAUAUUUAUAAUAGAUAUCGUCAGGAAGCAAAAGGACGUAGUUACGAUCGAGAUGAUUCUAAUGAUGAUUCAAAUGAUAGUUUAGAUUAUAUGGAUUAUAUGGAGAAACCUAGGAGAGUUAAUAAAAGUAAAAGACGACCAUACAACGUAGAAUCAUCCAGAAGAUUACCGAAGGAACAUCGAACGGUUACAGAGGAUAGUAUGGAGACCGAAAGUUACAGGAAACGACCUAGCUUAACAAGAUCGAAACCCCAUCGACAACGUGGACAAUCAACGGCUUGGAUCGAUGAUGAUAGGAAUCGUUACGAGGAUGAUAGUACCGAGGAAAGAGUUCAAGAAACUAAAAUGCGUGCAUCACAAAUGAGACAUCAAAAAUUGCAAAAACAGCAGAAUGUGAAAUCUACGUCAAAUAGCGGAUGGAGACAGUUAGGACCGAAUAUUGAAAUUUCUCAUUCAAAUGGUAUUGAGAUUAGUCCAACGGAAAAAUCAAAUCUCGUAAUACCAGUUGGUCUUAUGUCAAUAGCAAACUUUGAUCAUGCUACUGCACUUGGUAACAGUCAAGGAUUCGACGUUUCUAAUGUGGUUUAUCAAAACCUUGUAACACCUACACCAAUUGGUACAGUUAGCACAGCUAAUACACCGCUUCUUGGUUCGCAUCAAUCAACCGUUGGUCAGAACAUAGUAACAGCAUCUAACGUGCCAAGGACUUUAACGAAUUUACCAAAUAUACAGAACGUUGGAAUACCUACGGCAAUACCGGAUAUCAUCGUUGGUCAAAAUAGUUUCCAAAAUCCUGCGCAUACUGUGCUCGUUCCACAACAAACAAAUUUUCCUAACAAAAUUACAUCAAAUUCGAAUGCUCAGUAUGUUUCCAGUACUAUAACUCCAAUAUUCGCUGUCACGACUAGACUAAAUCCAACUUUGCAAAAUGUACGUGUUCAAAACCUACCAAAUAACGUUACUCCACGACCCGCCUUUGUUACUACCAGUCCUACUUCUAAUUUACAACAAAUCACAGUGAAUCAAAUGCAACAACAAGGGAUUUCACAUUUGUUUGUUCCACAAUCGACCAUUCAAACCUUACCUAAUCUUCUUCAAGCACCGGCACAGACCAAUCCUGAAUAUAACAUACAAGUUAAUCCCCAUGGACUUCAAGGCCAAAAUGUUAUCUCUCAAGGCAGCUUUCAAAUUCCUAAUUAUCCUAUACAUACCGCUACAACACCAUCUCCUCAAUCUACACCGGUAACGAGAGUUAAUCUCAUCACGGCAGAUUCGCAAAGCAAAAAGACUUUUAUUCCCGCCUCGGGUGGAAAUAUUUUAGCUUCCGCAAGUUAUUCGGUUGGACAAAAUUCACAAGUGCAAUCCAACGAUAAUAAUUAUGCAUCCCAAAUUAAUUUUAGACCAAUAUCACAAGAUAAUUCAUAUCGAGUCGUAAAAGACGACAAUAACAUGUCGAAAACAAAGACUUACUUACAAACUGCAAGCUUAGUACCUUUUUAUCAUCCAGUUCCUCCACUAGAUGACACAAGUCUGAACCAACAAGCAUCCCAAAACGUUCAUAAUAUGAAUUUCCUUUUACCACGAUUACAAGAACAAAAUGCGCAGUAUCAAAACGUUUUACACCAAUUACAAUUGCAAUUGCAGCAAGGUCAAGCUAUAAGAAAUAAUAAAUACACAAAUUAUCCUUAUCAAACCACCGAUACGGUUGGCAGUCAAACGAUAAGUAGCGUUAAUGUGGUCAAUGCACCACAGGAAAACAAUUUUGCACAUCUUCCAAAAGUUGGGGCUAAAAAUGUUGAAAUUAUGAACCCAAAUAUUAGACCAAGUCCAGUUGACACUAGUAUAGUACAUCCUCUUCAAACUCUUCAUUAUCCUAUUAUAACAACACCAAUACCAAUUGUAACUUCAACACCGAUAUCAUUGAUAACACCUUCACCAAGUUACAUAGAAUCUGUAGCAGAAAUUGGAACAAAAUCAAAUCACCCAAGUACUUCAACGAUUGACAUGAAGACAUCACAAAAUCAAGAAAAACCAAUAUUUAAUCCGAUCAAUUUUGUUCCUAACACUGACGUAAUUAAAAAUCAAAAUGUUCUCAACAGUAAACUGCAAAAUCACGAUUCACUUCAGCAGCCCUUGAACUUGGUCCCAAUGAUGCCAGAAGGAAAUUUUUAUAAACCAACAUUCGCAGCCCAAAGUGAACUAUUAACAAAGCCCAAAUUAACGACUGAUUUAGAAAAAUAUGCUGAGGAAAUGUUUAAGGAAUCAUUGAGAACAAUUUAUAAUUCACAAAAAUGGAACAACGAUAGAAAAGUUCAAUCGACGAAUAAUCAAACUCACGUCGAACCGAACGAUAUCGCAGCAUUGAAAAAUGAAUUGAUGAGAUUGAAAGCAACAUUGCCAGAUACUACAAGACAGAAUAAAGAAAUACUUGAAGCUUAUCAGAGCGAGAAUAAAAUCCGAACGACCGAAGCGAGCAAAUUAGCGAGUCCUGGAAACGAUCAGAACAAACCAGACCCAUUGUUAGCAACUUUAGAAGAGUUGCUAAAAACACAGCCAACAGAACCCACACACACACGUCAUGGACACCGACACAAACAUAAUCGUAAACGACCGUACUCAUCAAAUACAAAACAUUUGAGAGAUUUUUUAACACCCCCGAAACCAAAUUCGUUCCAUCCGACAAGUCAUUUUCAUGAAAAACCUAGCAAGAAGAGACCAGGCUCAUCCCUACCGAGAUUUAAUCACCAUAGUCAUAGUCAUAGUCACUUCGAAGGUCCUAGACAUAGCAAACCAAAUGCACUAAACUCAAAACCGAUUGGUCCGGAAGGAUCAGCUAGUAACAUUGAUGGAGUACGCGUAAAUCGUCCUAGUUAUUCCGAUUUUAGGAAACCCUCAUCGACCGAUGAUUAUCCAACAUUUACAACAUCAGCACCAACUCCUGAUGACAUCAAUAAGUUCCUUAAAGAACUUAGAUCAUCGAGUAGCAGCACUGAAAGUAACAAAUAUGAUGUUAAUCAUCCUAGAAUGCAUAAUCUUCUUGCUUUGUUGAUGAAGAACAAACAAUUGCCACCUGGCAAUAAACCUAAUUAUUUUCGUAAUAGGGAUCAAUUACGUCAAUAUUUUGAAGACGAGAAACGAAGGUUACAGGAACAAUUUUACAACGAUACUUUGAGAAGCUAUUUGGACAAAAAUUCUGACGAUAUUUCUUCGCGUAUGUUGCCUAGGUCAAGUAACGUUGAUUCUAAUGGUGCCGCGUAA